AUUUCCCAUCCAACUGAACAAAACCUCUGGCGGGAACGCAGCACCCUAAAUCCCGCCAAUUAAAACCCUAAUUCAAAACAAUUUCCUUUCUAUAAAUUCCCAUUUCUUCUUCUCCCUCUUCCUCUCGAGAAAACGCUAAUCUUGAUUUGAAACAAACUCUGAAGAUGCUGGAACUGAGGUUGGUACAGGGGUCGCUGCUGAAGAAGGUGCUAGAUGCGAUCAAGGAGCUGGUCAAGGAUGCCAACUUUGAUUGCUCGUCGACGGGGUUCUCGCUGCAGGCGAUGGACUCGAGCCACGUCGCACUGGUGGCUCUGCUUCUGAGAUCGGAGGGGUUCGAGCACUAUCGCUGCGAUAGGAACAUCUCUAUGGGGAUGAAUCUUGACAAUAUGUCCAAGAUGUUCAAGUGUGCCGGAAAUGAUGAUAUCGUCACCCUCAAGGCCGACGACGGCAGCGAUACUAUCACCUUCAUGUUUGAGAGCCCUACACAAGACAAGAUCUCAGAUUUUGAGAUGAAACUGAUGGAUAUUGAUAGUGAGCAUCUUGGGAUUCCAGAAGCUGACUUUCAUGCGAUUGUUAGGAUGCCAUCAGCUGAGUUUGCUAGAAUUUGUAGAGAUCUUGCUAGUAUUGGUGACACCGUUAUCAUCUCCGUGACAAAGGAAGGUGUGAAGUUUUCCACCAGAGGGGAUAUUGGAACCGCAAAUAUUGUCCUCAGACAAAAUACCACUGUAGACAAACCAGAAGAUUCAACAAUUAUAGAGAUGCAUGAGCCAGUCUCUUUGACAUUUGCAUUGAGGUACAUGAACUCCUUUGCAAAGGCAACUCCACUGUCAAAUCAAGUUACAAUCAGCCUGUCUUCAGACAUGCCUGUUGUGGUUGAGUACAAGAUUGCAGAGAUGGGUCAUCUCAGGUUCUACUUGGCUCCGAAGAUUGAAGAGGAUGAGGAUGAGACUAAACCUGAAACAUAACUUGAUCCUAUAAUUCUCCUUGUUUAAUGGAAUCUAUGUUCAGUUUUCCUAAUCACCAAUGUUCCCCGGAGUUUGUACUUGAGACUUGCACUUCUAGCCAAGAAUUUGGUAGUUAGGUUAGAGGAAUUAUUGAAUCAUACAUGGGCUUGGAUUUUGUACAUUGUGAAUCUAUGAUAAACAAUGCCUUAUCCU